AUGGUACACCUUGUGGCUGUACCAGAGACAAUCACGGCAAGUGGCUGUGCUUGUGUCUUUAUUGACACCAUCUUUCGACUUCAUGGGUUGCCCCGUGAACUCGUAUCAGACAGAGAUCCACGAUUCACUGCUGAUUUCUGGCGUUCCGUGUUCAAAUCACUCGGAACGCGCUUGAAGAUGUCGACAUCUGAUCAGCCAGAGUCAGAUGGCCAGACAGAACGUGCCAAUCGUGUCCUCGAAGAGAUACUUCGAGGAUACGUACACUCCUUUAAGAGUUGGAGUGAGUUUUUGCCAAUGGUAGAGUUUGCCAUUGACAACUCGGUGCAUGCGUCCACGACACAUACACCGUUUUACGUGAAUGGCUUGCGCCAUCCGCGUGUACCCACCUUACUAGAGUGUAACUCUGGUUUAAAGGGGGGAGGGACUCGCGCGAGCAAAAACCGAUUUGGUUCACGCUCAUCACGCUCUGACGAAGAGGUCAUUGCGUUUGAUUCCGAUAUCGAUAACAUCGAUAUCGAAGAAGAUAAUGCCAGUGAGAGUGCGGAAGCCCUCACUGAAGAAAAGGUUGAUGUUGCUGCAGUGCACUCACAGCGCACUGAAUCUAACGAGUAG